AUGCCACCUGUGGAUAUUUCCAACAGGGCUCUUAGUGAUGCUACUGCUGAGAUUCUGCAAAUUCUCACUAGAGCCAUCAAUUGCACAAAAGGACACACUGGCCAUCUAGAAAUGGCCAUGGAGAUGGCAAAAAUCAUGAUGGCGGCAUUUCAAGCCCAUGGAGAGUCAGCAACAAUGAUCCCGCCGGUGAUACUCUCAGCGGCGAUGGAGUUGUCAGAGCAUGUGGAUCUAGUGGGCAAGAGAUCAUUUCUCACUCUGCCAAUCUGGAGAAACAUCCUACUGAGCAACUCUCAUAUCCAGCAACAUCUGCUUUGUAGCAAGGCCCACACAUUUGAAGAAGCCUUGAUGAAGGGACUGGCAUCCCAGCCCCCGAUGCAACCCAAAAUAACAGUGAUGACUAACUCGCUGAUGCUCCCAGCUGCUCAUUCAACAUUAAUGCCUAUCGUGAAGAAGACACUGAUAGACAUGACUAUUGACAGUGAUGAAGUUGAAAUUGUGAAGGAAAUAGCGCAAACUGACACCAGCCCCCACAAGAAGCAGACAUUCAUUGACACUGCUGACACCCAAGUGUCCGGUUUCCAACAUCAAGGCAAGAUUGAAAUGCCGGUAAAGGUAAAGGCCCACAUCGCAGUCGAUAUCCCGCUGAGAGACAGUAGGCAGAAGCCAAUGCUGAAAAGCAAGCAAAUGGAGAUGGCCAGAGCAUCUGAGUUGGAUGAGGUCGUAGUUGUGGAUGUGCCGCCAAUGAAGCGGACUGUAUUGCCUAACCACCUGCCGGCUACAGGUGAUGACAGUGGUCAAUUAAAACCAUGGUUUCAAGACUCUUCUUCAUUGCAACAAAAUGCCGGUACAACAACUCAGAAACAUGGCCAUCGGCAAGCAAUGUUGAUGGAGGAAGAUGAAGGAAACAUCCUGGAGGAUGUCGGCGACAUUAGCACUGGGCAAGAGGAGGAUAUCGGCGUGCUCAAUCACAUGGCGGCAGCCGCUGAGGACAUGCUGAUUGAUUCUUUGGGUGACACAGUGGCAAGGGAUCUGGGAGCCCUGACACUGAAGGCAAACAGAGACUCGGUGUCACUCAUCGCUGCCAAUAAAGUCCUACAGGACACCAUCAUCGACCUUCAAAACCAGGUAGCUGAGCUCUGUGCCCAUAAUGCAAUCACCGCCACACUCAUUGAAGCCAUCAACAUCUGCCUUACUGCCCAGGGUGAGGAAGUCAAGGCCUUGCAUGCAGAAAGUCAGCAUCAUGAGGCCCAGCUCUGGAGUGCCGAAGCAAAGGUGGCUUCGAAUGGAACAAGCACUGCCAUCCUCAGUGAUGCUUAUGAAUCGCUUCAGCAACAUGUUGUCUCCAAUGUGUCCCUUCCGCAUUUCAAUCAUGCCAUGUUCUUUCCUCCCAUCAGCCAUGGUACUCCCUACACACAAAGCAUGAGCUCCAGACAGGCACAGGCGAUGGAACAGCUUUACUUUAAUUUUAUACCAGGGCUGUCUACAGCUCCAGGCCUCCCUGGUACCAGUUUCACUGGCAGUUUUGGAAUUCAGGGCCUGGCAGUCACCCUCACUGCGACAUCAUGUGCUGCUGCAUCCCAUUCUGGUGGUGGAGUCACCCACAUCAUUGCAGGUCCUUCCACUGCUGCCAGCCAAUCCACCAAUAAUGAAGUCGCAGGACCUUCAGGUUCUCACCCUAGAGGUGCCUUUGAGGAAUCGGCAUCGGGGAUCGGUUGCAACUAG